UUCAUGAUUCGAAAAAAAUUCCCGUGACAAGGCCAGAAGUAAAGAGGCGACUCGGAAAGAGGCGACGUUCCGAUCCGAUCACGCGACACACGUUCCGUGUAUAGCCCAUAUAGAUCGGAGGUUCGCGCGGGGUAUACCCUUACGAACCGAACGAGACCUCCGGAUCCGUAACCGCGUGUGCAUUUAUAUACAUAUAACUGUUUUCGAGGUAUGUACGAGUAUUUUAAAAGCGGCGACAAAACGUACGACGCGGUCGGGGUAUAACACCGCGCUUUGUUCCUUCGGGUGGACGAAACCCUGGCGAAGGAUCGCUUCGUUUUAAUCGCUAAUCACCAAUUAACCGGGCGUCCUACGUCCAAAACCCCCAGAAGCAUUUUAACGAGCUGCGUGGUCGCCUGGUUCGGAAUUUUACUUCGGCUUACUUGUUGCUUCGCUGCUGAUGCUGAUGCUGCUGCUGCUGCUGCUGCUGCUGCUGAUGUUGCGGGCUGGUACGCUGGAUGCGCUGCUCGGAUGGCCGUUCGGUCGGUUCGCUGUCGGGCAGCCACAGGUCGGUCUUCCCUCCCUCCGCUGAAUACCCUGCCCCUGGACUAUGCGAGGUUUUCUCGUACGUGUGUGUGUGUGUGUGCGCGCGUGCGUGUGCCCGGACCAAUUAGUGCAUACUUCGGCUCGGUGUGCAGUCGGUGGUGGCUUAAGAGAAACACGCGGGCCACGGACAAGCGGGCAUUGCUUCGCCUUUCGCUCUUCUAUUUUCCGCUUGUUUCUCGCGUUUCCAGUCUCGGCCCCUCCGUUUGAUCUGUCAACUGGACGGCGGAGCGCGAGGGGGGGACCUUUCGAAUUUUCAGUGCUAAAUUUUGGCGAACGGUACCGCGCGUCGAGCUCCGCACGAGUUUGGCGAACGAGCGAAAAGGGCGAACGACGAAUACGUUACAGGGACGACAAAAAAUACGGUCGUUUAACAUGAGUUGUUUCGGCGGCAGGGACGAGCGGCUCUACCUGCUGGAGCUCACGGUCGGACGUCUGUGUUUGACGGACGAAAAAUUGAAGGAGAUCCGCGACGGUCACCUCGUCGUUAAAAUAAAGUUCAUCGAUUUUCCCGUCUUCGAGGUAUCGCGAAACGACUUCUCCUCGGCCAGACCGACUCCGCGAAAUUCCGCAGACGGAUCCCUCGACUACUACGCCGGAAAAUCGUGCCUCUUCACGAUGCAGCCCAGAGAUUUGGUGCGGGGAAUGCAGUCCGAUCCGUUGAGAAUCGGUGUGUUUUGCCACGGCGACACGUUUCCCAUCGCCGAGGCCGAGGUACCCGUUUCGGGUUGCCUCUGCGACCAAGUAGCAAUGGCGAUGAACGAUACCGAUAACUUGCCGAAACCGUUCACGUUGAACGGAGGAUUUCACCUUUCCGAUCCCGGUGGCAAUCCGUCAGGUAAUAUCAGUCUGGAUUUGAGGCUCACGUGUUUCGGCAAAUCGAUCACCACCCAUUACCGAUUACGGCCGAAUUCCUUUCUCUUCAAAAACGACAAGGAGAAGGGUGAAUUUUGCGUGAAACGGGUCGUUCCACCGCCGGUUUGCGGAGACCGGAAAAUCAACAUCACGAUAGACGGGAGAGAGGUGCAGAUGGGAAAGUGCGGAGAUAGCAUGCUACCCGACGCCUUUUCCGAUGAACGAUUAUCAUCGCCGCCACCGACGACGGAGGAAAUUGAGGACGAGAAGAAACCGAAGGAGACAAUAAAAAUAAAAAAAGAAAAGAAGCCAAGAGGAAAGGGAAAGAAAAAUAAAGGGCAGUGAUCGGAGCGAUCCCUUUUUGUUGGGAAAAUAU